AUGUCAAAGACGGUGGGCACAUCCGAAGACUCGACAACCUUCAGCUGUGCCUCGUGGAUCCGGGCCAGAGUAUCCCCCUCAUCUGCAGGCACACCAGAUGAUGUGGUCAAGUCUCCAUCAUCUCCAUCUGGCAUGCUUACUAGCACCAGUUCGUCUUCACGGUUCCGUAGCUCGGGCCGUGCAUCGCACACCACCACCACCGCAUCCUUGUUGAACGGCAAGGAUGCUUCGGAGAUGGAGGACGACUCGGACCUGGAAGAGCUAGACCUCAUGGAUCACACAGGUAGUCGGUUUGUCAUGAAGGAGUCUAACAGAUUUCGGAAGGUUUGGACUGGCAUUGUAACUGCCAUGCUGAUGUACAUCGGCACAUGGUUCCUUUUUCAGCUCACCUUCAUCGACCUUCAUAAGCCGGAGCCGCUCAAGGUUGCAGAGUAUUUAGGCAUCAACGACACUGGCUGGCAGGUCUGGUCAAAUUUUGUUGACGCACUGUUCUAUGUGGACUGUUUCAUCUACUUCUUCUGCAGCUUCCAAGACGAUCGUGGGCGUGAGGUAGAUUGCCUUCCACGGAUCAUGUACCGCUAUGCCACGGGGAGCUUCGUCGUGAAUGUUCUGGCCAGUCUUCCUGACCAGGCAGCUGGAGAGAUGAUGAAGGUAAUCAGCGGUUCCGAAGGCUCCACUGAUACCAGUGCCCAUCAAGCAGCAAGGACCAUGCGAUUGCAGAGGGCUUCGCGCUUGUUCCGGUUGGCUCGCAUCGGACGACUGGCAAAACUGACCGCCAUGAAGUCGAGCCCUCUUUGGAAGUGGUUGCAGACGCUGCGGGGCGUCCGCAUCAUCAACGUCUUGGUUGGUCUGUUCUUCUCCGUGCAUCUCCUGGCCUGUGGCUGGUACAUGUGUGCAUCGCUGCAUGCAGACGUCCAGUCCACCUGGCUGGCGCGGAGAUAUGUGGACCCGGAUGGCACAAAGAACCUCUUGGACGAGAGCGAUCCCGGUCUUCAGUGGCUGCAUGCUAUGUACUUCAUUCUCACCGUGUUCACCACCGUAGGCUUUGGUGAUAUCGCUGCGGUCACUCCAGGUGAAAUUCUUUAUGUGGUCCUCACUUUCCUCAUCGGGGCCGUGGUGCACAGUAUCAUCAUUGGAGAGGUGAUUGCUGCGGUCACCAGAGUCGACGAGCGUGGGCAAUUCGUCAACGAGCAGCGGGGCCUCAUGGAGAGGUUUGCAGCCCACACAGAGCUUGGUGAAGAGACGGUCAUGGACCUCCAGAACUGGGUGAACACAGAGGCCGUGCGCUGGAUGAACCAGAAGUAUGACAAGGAGGCGGUGCGAGGCUUGCUGACUGGAAGGCACAUGGCUCGACAUCUCAUGUGCAUGCUGCCCUCCAAGCUCUUCAAGGGGCAGUUUGCCACGAACAGCUUCUUCACGGCGCUGCCGCCGAGGAUGGAUGAGCUGCCCCCGCGCCUCCCCAUGCUGCUGGCAUUGAACUCUCACCGGCAGAACUUCCAGAAGCAAGAGGUUAUUUACCAGCGUUCAGACUUUUCAAACCACUUCUUCCUUGUCACAAGUGGCGUCUUUGCCCACAUUGGAGUUCCAUCCGCAGAAGGGGGACGUGAACAGAGCAACAUGACCAGCACUGUUGGCCAGUGGCUAGUGGUAGCCAGUGCUGCGGGAAAUGUCACCAUGUACCCUUACCAGCUCUUCUCGCAGGGCUCCUACUUUGGGGAAUACGGUGUCAUUCAAAACCAGCCGCGAGACACCACUGCGCGCUGCGAGGCCCGAGGCAGUUGCAUCGUCGUUCCGAAGUCGGAGGUUGAAAGGGCAAUGUGUGACUUCCCAGAGUUCUCCUCUUUCUGGAUGUCCACUGCCGGCACGCGAGAGCGGCAGAGGCUCGCGUGUCGCAGCAGGCUGACGGUGGGCCGAAGCUACAAGCACUUGGCCGCCUUCGUCAUUCAAAGCGCCUUUCGAAGCUUCCGACGGCCCCAAGUCAAGCCGAUGCUGCGCGCCGUGUCAUCGGAAGACGAGCCCAGACCGCCAUCAGUGCCUGAGCUUUCAGGCACGGCCAUUCGCCGCGUCUCCGGUUUCAUGCAGAGGUCAUUAACAGACCAGCGCGCUGACCCAGGCGAUUUCGGCGACGCAAAGCUGGAGAUGUCGGAGCUGAUGAGAGAAGUCCGGAUGCUCCGGGCGGAGAUCUCAGCCAUGAGGCGCGGCGGGGAUGUGUCGCCUCCGCACCUAGCUCUUGCAGAGCCACCGCUGAUUGGGCAAGUGCCGACUCUGUGA